AUGAGUGAAAAGAAAGGUGCUACUUUAUUCAAGACCAGAUGUCUACAAUGCCACACCGUUGAAAAGGGCGGUCCAAACAAGGUUGGUCCAAACCUACACGGUAUCUUCGGUAGAAAGUCAGGCCAAGCCGCUGGCUACUCCUACACCGACGCCAACAUCAAGAAGAACGUCACUUGGGAUGAGGACAACAUGUCCGAUUACUUGACUAACCCUAAGAAGUACAUCCCAGGUACCAAGAUGGCUUUCGGUGGUCUAAAGAAAGAGAAGGACAGAAAGGACUUGAUCGCCUACUUGAAGAAGGCCACUUCCGAUUGA